AAACUAUUCGUAAGGCUAAAUUAAAAAAAGCACUAUUAUCUCCUAGUAAUACAAUUAAUACAACCAACAAUAAUAACUUUCAACAAUCUUUAUCAGAUGAAAAUUCAUCUUCUUCUGAAUCAUCUGAUAAAAGUAGUUUAUCAUUAAUUAAUAAGCAAACCAUGUCUACUACUUUACCAAAUAAAAGAUUUUGGUCUGCACCACCUAUAAAUGAAAAUUCUAGUAAGAAAAUAAUUGAAGUUGAUGAUAACAAUGAUAUUCAACAACAUUCAG